GGGAUAUGUAGUGCUUGACUUCCGCAGUGCACGCUGCGCCAGCAGGACAUUUUUUCCUGGUUUGGUGGGCAAGGUCUCAUGGGAAAGGUCAUGUCUCUCGAGGAAAGGUUAUAAACCCCUUGAUAUGAGGGUUGGGCGAGAAACGGAGCCUGUUGCGUUCCGUGUUGGGAUCAGGAAUAACCCUGACUUCUGAGCCUGUAUAACCCCAGGAUACUCCAGAAAAUUUGCGGCGCGCCGAGGGAAAACCUUGCUGAAGCUGUAUAUUGGAAUGGGUUUACAGUCAUCUUAAUGGAAGCAAAAUACAUGAAGGAAAAACAGUUCUUUGUAUCCCUGCUUAUUGCACCUGACGACUAGUUGCAGAUGGUUUUGUUUAACUAAGAAAACUUGUGAUGUAAAUGAAAAAAACACCUGUUUUCCUAGACUCAUUGGUUACAGAUAUGCUUCAUCUAAGAGCUAUUUGUCCAUUCUCCUGGAGAGUGUUUCAAUUUCGACCCAUCAGUUGUGAACCACUAAUUAUUCAGAUGAAUAAGUGUACAGAUGAGGAGCAAAUAUUUGAUUUUAUUGAAAGAAACAAAGCCAUACUUUCAGAAAAGCAAGUGGGAUGUGCAUUUGAUAUGCUUUGGAAGCUUCAAAAGCAGAAGACCAGCCUGUUAAAAAAUGUUGAGUAUGUCAGAGACCAUCCUCAAUUUCUUACUCUUCAUAAUUUAGCUACAAAUAAAUUCAAAUUAAUGAAUGACGAUACCCUGGUGAAUGUGUUACACAUCACACAACGGUUUGCUGGUGAGUCCCACGACCCACUAGUUGAAGCACUAGUUACAGAAGCAUGGAGAAGGUUAGAAAGGUUUGAUAUUAAACUGCUCUCAGAAUUUUCCUCUUGCCUAGCAGAUCAGCAUUUGUAUUUUAGUCCAUUAAUGGGAAAAAUAGCUGAUAUUGUUCAUAGGAACUUGGAAACCACACAGGACUUAAGUUCCUUGUCUGUCUUGAUGGUCAACAUAUCUUCUUUAAUAUCACGACAUUUUCAACAACAACUGGUGAACAAAACAGAACUUCUUUUUGACACCAUAGAUUCUUCUGAGGUCAACGUUGCAACAAGAAUAGCACAGUUUCUUCGAAAUAUUAAAUAUUGUUAUCAACCACUAUUAGAAAAGUGUAAUAACGUAUUUUUAAGUAAUGUGGACCAACUUGAUUUGGAUUCCAUCAGUAAAAUAUUUAGGCUAUACAAGAUUCUACAGUUUAAUAGUUUUGAAUUUAUUAUGAUGGCUAAAAAGAAGCUAACUGAAAUGAUUCCUCUGUGUAAUCAUCCUGCUAGCUUUGUAAAAUUGUUUGUAACAUUGGGACCCAUUGCAGGACCUGAAGAAAAGAAACAACUUAAAUCAACUUUGUUAUUGAUGUCAGAGGACCUAACUGGUGAGCAAGCCCUGGCAGUGUUGAGAGCAAUGGAAGAUAUGGAAAGCAGAAAUUCACAUCUGAUUAAAAAAGUUACUUCAGUUCUGCAUAAACAUUUGGAUAGCUAUAAACCAUUAGAGUUGUUGAAGAUAACUCAAGCACUGACUUUUCUGCAUUUCCAAAGGAAGGAGUUUUCUGCAAAACUUAGAGAAUUACUGCUUAGUUAUUUGAAAAUUAGUUUCAUACCAACUGAGGUGUCCAUUCUGGUCUAUGCUAUUUCCCUUCUCCCUUCUCCUCACUUGGACGAAGUGGGGAUAUCCCGAAUUGAAGCCGUUUUACCACAGUGUAACCUACAUAACCUGAGUAAUUUUGCUACAUCUGUUUUAAGAUGGAUUCAGUAUGAUCACAUGUAUUUGGAUAGUAUUACUGGGAAACAACUGAAACUACUUCAAAAAUUAGAUCACUAUGGUCGUCAGAGACUACAACACAGCAACAGUUUGGAUCUGUUAUGGGAGGAACUUAAAUCUGUCAGAGGAAACACAUUUCCUGAGUCACUUCUUGAAGAAACGAUUGCUACUUUACAGCAUUUCGUGGAUGAAAUUAAUUACAUAAAUGUUGUGGAGAUUGCAUCUUUUAUUUCUAAUACUGAUUACCUCAGUACUUUGCUACUUGAUAGGAUAGCCUCAGUGGCUGUUCAGCAGAUUGAAAAGAUCCAUCCUUUUACAAUCCUUGCUAUUAUUCUUCCAUUCAGCACUUUGAACUAUGAUCCACCUCAAAGGGAUGAAUUUUUUGGAACUUGCGUGCAACAUCUUAAUUCUUAUUUAGGUAUAUUGGAUCCUCUUAUGUUAGUGUGUCUUGGUUUCUCUUUGGCCACACUUCAAUAUUUUCCAGAAGAUCUGCUAAAGUCAAUUUUUAACAUCGAAUUCUUAGCUAGAUUGGAUUCUCAACUUGAAAUUUUAUCUUCAUCUCUAAGUGCAAGAGUCCAGUUUCAUCUUAUGGAGUUAAAUAGAUCAAUCUGCUUGGAAUGCCCUGAGUUUCAGAUUCCAUGGUUUCAUGACCGCUUCUGUCAACAAUAUAAUAAAGGUAUUGGCGGCAUGAGUGGAGCACAACAGCAGAUUUAUAAAAUGUUAACAGAGGUACUAGGAGGAAUCAAUUGUGUAAAAGCCUCGGUUCUUACGCCUUAUUACCACACAGUAGAUUUUGAGUGUAUCUUGGAUAAAAGAAAAAAACCUCUUCCAUAUGGAAGCCAUAAUAUAGCAUGGGGACAGCUACCAGAAAUGCCCUGGGAAUCAAAUACUGAAAUAGUUGGAUCAAGGCUGCCACCAGGGGCUGAAAGGAUUGCUUUGGAAUUUUUGGAUUCAAAAUCAUUUUGUAGAAAUAUCCCUCACAUGAAAGGAAAAUCUGCUAUGAAAAAACGACAUUUGGAAAUUCUGGGGUAUCGUGUAAUUCAGAUUUCUCAGUUCGAAUGGAACUCUAUGGCACUGUCAACAAAGGAUGCUCGGAUGGACUACCUGAGAGAACGUAUAUUUGGAGAAGUCAAGUCAUGACUGCUGUCAUUUGAAAUGACUGAGAUCAGUUCCUGUGGAGACAGUUGCAUGAAGUCCUCUUCCUUACAAAUCUGUACAAAGCGAUCAGACACAAAUUCACGGGCAGAAAUGGCGAGUCUUGGGCAGUCAAGGAGAAGUCCUAAUCUUAGGAUGGCUAGACAGUUACCAGGAGCAAGUCUUUUCUGAAGAUAAGAAAC